GGGAUUAAAAGUCGCCCCCUUGUUCCCAGCUGCGUUUGGAAAGGAAUCCCCUCCUUCUUAUCUCCCCUAGAAACUUGGAUUUCCUAAUAAUUUAACUGGGUCGAAGACGAUUUUUUGCCGGUCUGAGGUUGUUGUGGGUAUUUGGAGAUAUUUUUGGUGUGGUUUUUCCUGGCUGAGCUUCCCCCAGGUGCACAUCCCGGUAAUGCGGGGUUUGGUGCUGCGUUUAGGGGUGAAAAAAAAACCCCAAAUUUGCUAUAAAAACAUUGGGAUUGUUGAGCCUGAAUCUUUGGGGCGACCUCACAGUGACCUUCCCGGGCUGCAGGAAGGGGAAUGUUCCCAAGGGAUGGAGUGACACAAGGGGGGAUCAAUUCCAAGCGACAAGGACUGGGUUUAGCUUGGAUUUUGGGAAAAAAAUCCCUCCCUGUGAGGCUGCUGGGAUCCUGGCACUGGUUAUCCCAAGGAUAUCCCAUCCCUGGAAUGGCUGGACAGGGCUUGGAGCCACCUGGGGCAGAGCAAGGUUCCUGGUGAAAUGAGCAGCAAAGCACGAGCCUCGGGUGUUUGCUGGCAGCUGGGCAAGGUGCACAGGGCUCCUGGCAGCCUGCAGGCAUGGAAAUGCAAGCAGGACUGAGCUGACCGAGCUGUGGCCUUCACCGCGAGCAUCCGGCACUGCCACGCGGCUUUUUCCACCCACAUUUCCCCUUUAUUAUGACCUGUUCCUCAAGGGUGUUCUUCUAGAUCCGUGUUUUUCCUGGGAAUGGAGGUGCCCUUUGUGCUGCUUCUGACCAGGCUCGUGGCAGAAGUUGCUGGAAAAUCCACAGAAAACUCGGUGCCAGCCCCGGAAUGUUGUGUGGAAACGUUGGAUUCCAACAGCUCCUGCCCCGUGCCCCAGCCGUGCAGCCCAGGAUGCUACAGGAGGUGGAAUGAGGAUGGGAGCAGCAGCUGCAUCAGGUGCAGGAACGAGAGCCUGGGCAGCCCCUCCGGGCACAACCUCAGCGAGUGCAGGGGCGCUGGGAGCAGAGGGCUGAGCCCCCACCUGAACGGGAGCGCUCCUCUCAUCCACAGCUUCGGGGGCCCCGAGGUCGCCGCCUCCCUCAUUUUGGGCACCUUUCUCCUCAGUUUAUUCCUGAUCCUUUCUGUGGCUUCUUUUUUCUACCUCAAACGAGCCAACAGACUCCCAAAGAUUUUCUACAGGAGGAACAAAGCAUCUGUUCUCCAGCCCAGUGAAACAGCAUCCAUGAUCCCUCCUCCAGCUUCUUCAGUGCGGAAGCCGCGCUACGUCCGCCGCGAGCGCUCCCUGGGCCCGCCCGGCCCCGCCGACAGCCGGGUCAGCAACGUGUGACCCCAAACCCGACCCCAAACCUGACCCCAAACCUGACCCCAAACCCAGCGAGCCGGGUCAGCAACGUGUGACCCCAAACCCGACCCCAAACCUGACCCCAAACCCAGAGAGCCGGGUCAGCAACGUGUGACCCCAAACCCGACCCCAAACCUGACCCCAAACCCAGACAGCCGGGUCAGCACCGUGUGACCCCAAACCCAGCCGGGUCAGCAACGUGUGACCCCAAACCCGACCCCAAACCCAGAGAGCCGGGUCAGCACUGUGUGACCCCAAACCUGACCCCAAACCCGACCCCAAACCCAGCCAGCCGGGUCAGCAACAUGUGACCCCAAACCCAGCCCGGGUCAGCACUGUGUGACCCCAAACCUGACCCCAAACCCGACCCCAAACCCAGAGAGCCGGGUCAGCACCAUGUGACCCCAACCCUGACCCCAAACCCAGAGAGCCGGGUCAGCACCGUGUGACCCCAAACCCGACCCCAACCCCAGCCCGGGUCAGUGGGGUCAGCACCGUGUGACCCCAACCCCGACCCCACGGUGUCCCUGCCCCUGUUCCCGAGCCCAGGAAGGGCCGGGCGCUGCUGAUCCCGCAGCAAUCCCAAAGGGUCGGUGCCAAACGCGGCCCCGGCUCGGGGGCUCUGGGGGCUUUGGGGGUCCUGCCGGAGGGUGGGGAAUUCCUCAGGGAUCUGGGGGUUUGUGGUGCUGGGGGAGAAUCCCUGAGGGAUUUGGGGGAGGUUUGGUGUUUGGGGGAGAAUCCCUGAGGGAUUUGGGGGAGAAUCCCCGAGGAAUUCGGGAGAUUCUUCCUGUUUGGGGAGAAUUCCUGAGGGAUGUGGGGACUUGUGGAGAGAAUCCUUAAGGAAUUUGUGGGAUUUUCCCUGUUUGGAGAGAAUCCUUAAGGAAUUCUGGGAUUUUCCCUGUUUUGGAGAGAAUUCUUAAGGAGUUUGUGGGAUUUUUCCUGUUUGGGGAGAAUUCCUGAGGGAUUUGGGGACUUGUGGAGAGAAUCCUUAAGGAAUUUGGGGGAUUUUCCCUGUUUGGAGAGAAUUCUUUGGGAAUUUGUGGGAUUUUCCCUGUUUGGAGAGAAUCCUUAAGGAAUUUGUGGAAUUUUUCCUGGUUUGGGAGAAUUCCUGAGGGAUUUGGGGACUUGUGGAGAGAAUCCUUUGGGAAUUUGUGGGAUUGUCCCUGUUUGGAGAGAAUUCUUUGGGAAUUUGUGGGAUUUUCCCUGUUUGGAGAGAAUCCUUAAGGAAUUCUGGGAUUUUCCCUGUUUUGGAGAGAAUUCUUAAGGAAUUUGUGGAAUUUUUUCUGUUUGGGGAGAAUUCCUGAGGGAUUUUGGGGACUUGUGGAGAGAAUCCUUAAGGAAUUUGGGGGAUUUUCCCUGUUUGGAGAGAAUCCUUAAGGAAUUCUGGGAUUUUCCCUGUUUUGCAGAGAAUCCUUAAGGAAUUUGUGGAAUUUUUCCUGUUUGGGGAGAAUUCCUGAGGGAUGUGGGGACUUGUGGAGAGAAUCUUUAAGGAAUUCUGGGGAUUUUCCCUGUUUAGAGAGAAUCCUUUGGGAAUUUGUGGGAUUUUCCCUGUUUGAAGAGAAUCCUUAGGGAAUUUGGGGACUUUCCUCGGGAUGUGACCCCAAAACCGGAGCUGGGAUUUGGGGUGUGGCUCCGUUCUGGGCUGGGGCAAAGGGAUCCUCUCAAGUGCCGCAGCCUUACCCUGGCUCAGCAAUUAAUCACGCUAAUGAAUUCUGCUAACUAACCGUGCUAAUUAAUGAUGACAGUAAUGAAGAUGCAGAAUCCUUUGGAAGCGAAUCCCAGACCCCCCUGGGAGCGUUUUCCCGCUCUCCUGGUGCUCAGUCCAGGCCCGAUCCCAAAUCUUGGGGUUUUUUUGGGAAUUUUUCCAGCUCAGUCCUUGGAUGAAAUGCUCUCCAAGGGACAAUCCAUUCCUGCUGGGAUUGGGAAUUCCGGCUUCUGGGGCACCCGGGGAUUUGUGGGAUGAGCCACAGGGACUGGGACAGCUCCUGCCAGUGGAAAAAUGGGAUUUUUGGGGUGGGAAGUCCCUGGAAUUUGAGCUCCAGAGGCAUUCCCAAUUCCAAGCACCAGCCUCAGCUUCUCCCACGGAUCUUGGGCCUGCCUGAGGAAUUCUGGGAAGUGGAAAAGGAAUUUUUUUUUCCUGGCUGGGUCUCCCUCCUGCAGCUUUUCCUGAGGGUCCUAAAUCCAUGGAAAAGUCCUAAAUCCAUGGAAAAGUCCUAAAUCCAUCCUAAAUCCAUGGAAAAGUCCUAAAUCCAUGGAAAAGUCCUAAAUCCAUCCUAAAUCCAUGGAAAAGUCCUAAAUCCAUCCUAAAUCCAUGGAAAAAUCACUGCCACCCUCUAGAAUUCCAGCUUUUCCUUCUGGAUCUGGAAUCAAUCCUAAAUUCAUGGAAAAGUCACUGUCACCCUCUGGAAUUCCAGCUUUUCCUUCUGGAUCUGGAAUCCAUCCCAAAUCCAUCCUAAAACCCUGGAAUUUUACUGUCACCCCCUGGAAUUCCAGAUUUUCCUCCUGGAUCCCAAACCCAUCCCAAAUCCCUGGAAUUUCUCUCAUCCGCCGGAAUUCCAAUUCUUUUCCUUCUGGAUCUGGAAUCCAUCCCAAAUCCAUCCUAAAACCCUGGAAUUUCACAAUUUCACCCCCUGGAAUUCCAGACUUUCCUCUGGAUCUGGAAUCCAUCCUAAACCCAUCCCAAAUCCCUGGAAUUUCUCUGUAACCCACUGGAAUUCCAAUUCUUUUCCUUCUGGAUCUGGAAUCCAUCCCAAAUCCAUCCCAAAUCCCUGGAAUUUUACAAUUUCACCCCUGGAAUUCCCGAUUUUCCUCCUGGACCCCAAAUCCCUGGAAUUUCUCUCCCCCCCGGAAUUCCAGCUCUCAGCAUUCCCUGCCAGGGGUGGGAAUGGGAACUUUGGUUCUCUCCUUUUUUCCCAAAUUUUUUAUGGGAAAAUGAGAACCAAACUCUUGGAUCUGCUCCCACCUGGAGAAUUUCCUUUUCCCUGGGGUCAAACCUCCCAAGAGGAGAAUUUGGGAUGGGAAGAAAUCCAUUUUUCCCAUGGAAUAAUCCCAUUUUUUCUGGGAAUUUUGGGGCAGCUGGAUUUGCUUUUAUCUCCUUGAAAACCAACGAGAUUUUGGUGGAAUUUUCAGGGAUAAAACCCAAAUCAUGGAGAGGCUCCUGUGCCAAAAUAUUCCAAAUUUUCCUCUUUAUUAUGAUAAAUAAAAUUCUUUUCCUCCUGGCCAAGGAAUUCCAGUUGAAAUUCCCAAUUUUUUUGGAGAUUUUGGGAGAUUCCAACUUGGAAUUUUUAUAAUCUCAAAUUUUUUUUUGUGCUGCUGAGAUUUUUUUUCCUUCCCAAGCAGGAAGGUUUUAUCCUGGAAUUCAGAAUUUCUCAGGAUUUUCUGAAUUCCAAAGGGGAAAAAAAAAAGGAGGAACUAUGCAAAUAAUUCCAAGGAAUUGCACCUCUGGAGCUGGGAAUUCCUGUGUGUUAAUUCUGUCCUGCUUAAUUGCUAAAAUUUUAAUUUAUUGAAGGAUCAGCUCCUUUUUCUGUCUCUUCUCGUGGGGGAUUUGCUUUAAUUGUUGUCUGAAAAUGGGAUUUGUGACAUUAAAAAUGGGGUUUGUGUCAUUAAAAAUGUAAAGAUUU